AUGGAGCCUGAAGACCUGCCGUGGCCGGGCGAGCUGGAGGAGGAGGAGGAAGAGGGGGAGAAGGAAGAGGAGGAGGAAGAAAAGGCGGUGGGAGACAUCGUUGCAGUGGACGAAGACUAUGUAGUGGAGGAAGACCAUGCGGAGGCGGAGGACGGAGCGGUGGUGGAGGACGAAGCGGUGGUAGCGGACAUAGCGGCGGAGGUCGAGCCCGCGGAGGUCGAACAGGCGGAGGUCGAGCCGGCGGAGGUAGCGGAGCAGGAGGACUCAGUGAAGUCGGACGAGACCGUGCUGGUGGAGGAGGUGGAGGAAGAGGCCAGGCCGGAGUUGAACGUGGAUUUCGACUUCGAGUUCCAGUCUCGUGAGAGUAUCGACGACGAGGAGGAGGACGAGGAGGCCAAGGCCUGGCUGCAGGCGCCCCCCGAAGCGAGUUUCUCUCUGCCCCCGCCCCCGCGGCACAGCUACCUGACGGGCGAGCGGACCAGCAGGGAGAAGAUUGUUCCACUGACCUGUAAUAUAUGGCAACAGCCAUUAUAUCAAGGCAAUGUUAGAACACAAAGUUCUGAUACCAGUUUUGUCUCAUUGGAAACAACAAGCCAGUGGAGUUCUGAGGAUGAUCAGAGAAUGGAAUCUUGGCAUGGUCUUCUACAAGAAAAAAAGUCUUCUCCUCAAAGCUUGGAUACAUCCCAGACCAGGAUUAAUUUGAAAGCAGAAAGAUCUAAAGUGACCGAGUCUUCCUUUUUGGAAGAAGGUGUGUUGACCCAAUCAGAAGGCCAAGUGAAGAAAUUGAGCUCUCCACUGCUAGUAAUACAGGAUGACUUUGCUACUCCUGAUUUGCCUUUGCUGACAUGUUUGACACAAGACCAGGAGUUUGGGCCUGAUUCCUUAUUUCACCAAAGUGAACUAGAUUUUGCACCUCUGAGAGGCAUUCCUGAUAAAUCUGAAGAUAUUGAAUGGUUUUCUCGACCAUCAGAAGUUAGUGAAGCUUUGCUCCAGGCUACUUCAGAAGCAUCUUCAGAUUUGGUUAACAGUUGCUUUAGUGUAUCUCAGUAUCCUCUUUUAAGUAGCACAAAUAUUGGGUCUCAGCACUCUUGUUUAUCUCCUGAACAAAAGAGUGAAGAAUAUGUUGUUAAUGACCUAAAAACUCCCAAAGAAGUUGACAGUUACAAUGUUCUUUGUUCAUGUAUGUCAUGGAAUCUAGGAAAAGAUACAAAGCAGUCAGAAAACAAUUUAGCUGAUAAAGAUCAAGUUUCAGUUUCAACUUUAUCUGCCAUUAGUGAUGACAACAUAGCUACUAAGUCAAAUGACAGUUUUGAUGCUUCUUCUGAACAUGUGCAGUGUUGGAAAGAGGAAGCUUUGCAGCAAGCAGAAACGUGUCUAAACAGUACAGACAACAUUUGUUUUCCACAAGAAGUUGCUACUCCUCCUCAUAGUAAAAGGUCAUAUUCUUUUCUGCGAUGUUUAUUGGAAAGACGAGGAAAAAAGGAGGCCCCUUUGGACCCUGAAAAUCAUUAUUUUGAGAAUGUUGAUUUAAGAGUUCCAGCUGAGAAUGAGGUGAAACAAAAGAUGGAUUUUUUGGAGGGAUAUGAAGGAAAUGAAGAUCUGCAGAAAGAGUUGUCCCGAUAUUUUGAACAAAAUGAGAGUAGAAGUAAUUUGGCAUCUUCAGAGGUACAUCCCACAUCUCCAGAGAUGAAUUAUGCUGAGAAUGUUGUAGUUGUGGAUAAUUCUGUACGGUUUUCAGAAGCUCAUAUACUCUCCAGGGGACAUGAUAUCUCUAAGACAGAAGCUUCUAGUGGUUCUCUUCAGACAGUUGAAGUCCAGUUGGAUGAGACAUCAGAGCCACUGUAUUUUGAAGAGGAAAGAAACCAAAAGGCAACUUCUAUUUUUGAGGACCUGCAUGGGAAGGCUAAGUCUGACGUGAUUACUCUGGAUGGUGACAGUAAAUGCCGUAGCCUUGAUGAACAUGCUGUUGUGUGCUGUGAAAAAGUUGAACUACAAGGAAAAACAUGUGAUCAAUAUAAUUUAGCUACUAGUGAGUAUGUUGAGCUAGCAACUUUAGAGAACUUGCUUGAUGAUCUUUGUGAGAGCUCCUUGAAUUGGCAGCCUACUUUACAAUCAUCAUCUAAGGAGAACAAACUUGUAAGUCAUUCUAAUUUGUGCAUUAAUCAGUCCUUUUCAUCUACAUUGCCUUCAUUUGCUCCAUAUGAGCCAACUAGAGACUCGGAACAUCAUUCUUCAAAUCUGAGAAUGUUGAGGGUAUCGCCUGACACUGUAACAAAGAUUGUAGCCUGGAAGCUAAAGUUGAAUUUAGCACAUGAUUAUGGAUACCCCAUUUCAGAAUUAAAUGAAGAUGACAGAAGGAAAGUAGAAGAGAUCAAAGCAAAAUUGUUUUGUGAAGGGAGAACAGCCGACUUCUCAGAGAGUCCACGAGGAAUAGGAUGUCCACCUGAGUCUGUAUGCAGUCACAUUAUUAUUGAGAGCCAUGAAAAAGGAUGUUUCAGGACUGUGUCUACUCAACCACCACAAGUGAACAGCCACCCUUGUGUUUCUAGAUCUGUUGAACCCUCAGAAGUGAUAAGAGGACGACGGAGCCCAGCACCCUGGAGAAACAGACACAUCAACUUUUCUAAAUCACUAGAUCAGAACAACCCCCAUCUCAAAGUUUGGAAUUCCUUGCAGUUACAAAGUCAUCCCCCUUUUCAAAACCUUAUGCAUGAUGACUUCAAAAUUAGCAAGAGUUUUGGAGUGCCAUUCCGUGAAAACAUAGAUCCUUGGUUGUCAGAGAUAGAACCAGCUUUUGUGCCACCUAAGGAAGUGGAUUUUCAUUCUUCACCACAAAUACUGCCCUCAGAACCCAUGAAACAGAAACAGUUUACUACUUCCAUCACUUUUUCAUCUCACCGACAUUCUAAAUGCAUUUCAGAUUCCUCUGUUUUUAAGGUUGGUGUUACUCAAGGUAGCCAGUAUACUGGAGCACCUGUGGGGGUAUUUAAUUCACAUGUCAUUGAAGAGCAAAUUUCUCCUAGAGAUCUUAAACAGAAAGCCUCUUCCCCUUCAUCAAUUAAAAAACUUAGUUAUUUACCAGAUAGAGAAAUGACUAUUUUAGCAGAAGGGAGUAGGCAAAGCCAAACAUUACCUGUUGAUUCUGAGCAUUCUCACCAAGAAGAAAAACUCUUAGAAAGAUCAGGUUUUAAAGUCAGUCAUUCUGAGCCCAGAAAUGGUACCAAUUCCAAGGAAGUUCAGCUUUCUGAUAACAAUACUCUAAUUAGCAUGGACAGACCGACUCCAGAUCUUCCUUCGCACAUUUUUCUUGAACAACGAGAGCUCUUUGAACAAAGUAAAUCUCCACAUACAGAUCACUCUGUGAGAAAACACCAUUCUCCCCCUUGUCUAAACCUUCCUCCUUGCAUUUUUCUUGAACAAAAAGAACUCUAUGAACAAAGCAAAGUCCCACAUGUAGAUCAUGAGAUGAGAAAAAGCCAUACUCCCCUUCCUCAAUGUCAGGAUUCUGUAGCUUCAGACCUUCAUUCUCCUAUUUGUUUUGAACAACAUCAGAGCAAAGCCCCAGGUGUAGAUGCCCACCAUUUCCUUUUUUCGCAAGGUCAGGAUUGUGUGGUAGAAAAGACUCAACAUAGACCUAACUCACCCAUUUCUAAUUUGAUAAAUGUUGAAGCCAAGUUCAAUAAUGUGAUAUCCCAGUCGGCCCCCGAUUACUGUCAAUUAGAAACAUCUGCAUCUACUCCACCAUCAAAUAGAAAAGCACUUUCAUGUAUUCGUAUAACUCUUAGUCCCAAGACUCCUUCCAAGUUGGAUAGUGGAACCUUAGAUAAAAGGUUUCACCUAUUGGAUCCUGCUUCUAAAACAAGGAUGAAUAGUGAGUUUAAUCGUGACCUACAAUAUAAAUCUUCGGAAUCAUUGGAAGCAACCUCCAAAUUAUUGACCAGUAAACCUCUAGCACAGGAUCAAGAAUAUGUAGGUUUUCUAGGACCUAAAACUCCUCCGGACUUGCAAGCUGUACAAUCUCCUUUUCCAGAUAGUAAGACUAUUAUUCAGGACUUGAAAAACUUACCUUCUCAGAAUAGCCAGAUAGUUACCUCAAGGCAAACACAAGUGAACAUUUCAGAUUUGGAAGGAUAUUCCAAACCAGAGGAGACUCCAGUAUCAGCAGAUGGUUCACGAGAACAGAGUAAGCCUCAUUUUUCGGCCUCCUCUGGCAAAUUAUCAUCUGAUGCUGUCACUCAGAUAACAACAGAAAGUCCAGAAAAGACCAUGUUUUCAUCUGAGAUUUUUAUUAAUGCUGGCGACUGUGAAGAACCCAGUACCUCAAAGCCACACACAGUUCCUGUGAAGUUUGCUUCAUCAUCUUCAGUGCAACAGAUUAGUCCUUCACAUGGUGUAGAUGCUCAGCCUGUACUUUUGCCAUACAAGCCAGCUGGUAGUCAGAAGAUGUACUAUGUUCCACAAUUAGAAGCAAUUCCUUCAUUUCCAGAUUGCAAAUCAUCAGACACUACCCUUGAGAGCUCACAUUCAGGAUCCAAUGAUGCUAUUGCUCCAGACUUUCCAGCUCAAGUGCUAGGCACAAGGGAUGAUAACCCCCCAGACACCGUAAAUAUUAAACAUGAAGAAGGGAUCUACAGUAAAAGAGCAGUAACUAAGGCAUCCUUCUUGGUUGGAAAAAAGCCCUUUCAGAAAGGUGAUGCAGAAGCUCCAAUUCAAGUGCCAGAGAUUCUCUCAGGUAAACAUAAAGAAGAGAUAUUUAGUCAAAGGGUUGUGACUAAGAUUGCCUGGCCUGAAGGAAGUGAAUGUUUGCAGAAAGACACUGAAGAUUCUAGUGAGACAAAUACUGCUGAGGACUCAGCUCAAAUACAAGACAAGAAGAUUGAGAACCUACCAGAAACUAAAGCCUUUGAACAGAAAGAGGAAAUCCAUAUUAAAAGGACUGUUUGUAAGGAAACCAGGCCGAAAGAGAAAGAAUCCUUACAAAUAGAUAUUUCAGAAUCCAAGUGUCAUUCAGAAUUUGAAAAUACUACUCAUUCUGUCUUCAGAUCAGCCAAAUUUUACUUUCAUCAUCCAGUGCAUCUACCAAAUGAUCAAGACUUUUGUCAUGAGUCUUUGGGAAAGAGUACUCUUAUGAGGCAUUCUUGGAAAGAUUUCUUUCAGCAUCAUUCAAACAAACUUAGAGAGCCGACUUGUCUUCCUCUUUCUUAUCAAAGUGUGGACAAGACUAAGAUGGAUUACUCCAGAGGAAAGAGCCUCAGCAUCAAUAUGAAUUUGGGAGACAAUGAAGAGGCACAUGCUUCUAAAAGUCAGGCCAGAGAUAAUCUGAAAAAUAAAAGACAAAUAAAUGAUCCAAAAAAGGACCAUAAAGUUACCACAGAACUAACAACACAACCCACUACAAGUUUGAAUGAACUUUGGAACAAGUACCAGGAGCGACAGAAGCAACAGAAACCACUUGAUGUCAGUGACAAGAAAGAACUGUCUUUGAUAGAGCGUCUUGAUCGCCUGGCUAAACUUCUUCAGAAUCCCAUCACACAUUCUCUUCAGGUCUCAGAAAGUACACUAGAUGAUAGCAGAGGGGAACGAGACUUUAAGGAAUGGAAUAAUAAACAGCAGAAAAAAAAACUUCAGAAGCAGAAGCGCUAUAGAAGUCUAGAAAAAGGCCAUAAAAACAUAGGUGAUCUUAAAAAAAGCAAGGUAGCUUCUCAUCAAACUGGGAAGUCUAAUCAGAUUAAGAUUGAACAGAUUAAAUUUGAUAAAUAUAUUCUGAAAAAACAACCCUAUUUAAAUUAUAUCAGCAACACUUCUUCAGAUUCUAGGCCUUCAGAGGAAAGUGAGCUACUCACAGAUACUACCACCAACAUUCUUUCUACCACCACUUCUCCUCGUGACUCAGAUAUAUUAACCCAAACAGACAGAGAGGUUACUUUGCAUGAAAGAAGUAGCUCCAUUUCCACAAUUGACACUGCAAGACUGAUUCAAGCUUUUGGCCAUGAAAGAGUAUGUUUGUCACCCAGGCAAAUUAAGUUAUAUAGCAGCAUCACCAACCAACAGAGGAGAUACCUUGAGAAGCGUUGCAAGCAUACCAAGAAAGCAUUGAACAUAAGUCAUCCCCAAAUGACUUCUGAGCACACCAGAAGGAAGCACAUCCAGAUGGCAAACCACAGGAUUUCUUCUGACUCUGUUGCAUCUGCCAGUAGUUGCUUGAGCUUGGAGUCUACUCUUUGCACUGAGCAAAUAGUGCCCAUGUUCAACAAAGGCAUCCAAGCAGGUAACUUGGAGAUUUUGGAUGGUGUCAAAAAACAUACUCGUGAUGUUGGAGUGACUUUCCCAACUCCAUGUUCUAGUGAAGCCAGAUUAGAAGAGGAGAGUGAUGAGACUUCUGUGUCAGAAGAAAUAAUCAAAGAGAAAACACUCUUUGCCAGUCCUCUUGAAGACAAAAAGUUAAAGAGUAAGCAGAAUUCCUAUGAAGGAGUUUCCUGGUUUGUUCCUGUGGAAAAUGUGAAGCCUGCAACUAAGAAAGAAAACUGUCCUAAGAGUUAUGGUCCUGGUAUCUCCUGGUUUGAGCCAAUGUCCAGAACCAAACCUUGGAGAGAGCCACUGCGAGAACAGAACUGGCAGAAGCAGUGCAUGGUUGGUUGGGGAUUACAGCCGGGCCCAGGAGGAGAUGUUGGCCAAGAGCAACUGACGCCAUUCGUGAGGACAACUCUGCAGGAAUCACUUCAGCUUCACAGACCUGACUUCAUCUCUCGCUCUGGAGAGCGGGUUAAGCGCCUCAAGUUAAUAGUCCAGGAAAGGAAGCUGCAGAAUGUGUUUCAGAGUGAGCGGAAUGCGCUGUUCAAUGCCAUGCACCCCCUGCCUAAGAGAGUUCUUAGGAUAGUCCAGAAGAACAAACCUAUUGGGAGGAAGGAAAUGAUUCAGAGGUCUAAACGGAUUUAUGAGCAGCUUCCAGAAGUACAGAAAAAGAGAGAAGAAGAGAAGAGGAAAUCAGAAUAUAAGUCCAACCGGCUGCGAGCUCAGCUCUUCAGAAAGAAAUUGACCAGUCAACUCCUGGGAAGAAAAGUUCCAUGGGAUUAAUGUAAGAUUAUUUUCUCAGAGUCUUGGAGUUUUUUUUUUAUGAACCCGGAGGAACAUAGUCCUUAUUUUUAUGGAUCUGGUUUAAUAAAGCUUAUUCUUUGUGUUCUG